AUGCAACAAAUCGUAGAUCACAGCGAUGGUUCUAUCCGACAUGAUAUACCUGAAGCACGUGAGGCGUUUGCAUCAGUCUUAACCGAACGACUUGAGAUUAUUAGCAAGGAACUCGAGAGAAGCGACGCAAACACUUAUGCUCGUGAUUUACCGCAAGAUCUGGCUACGUGUUCACUUCUGCCAUCACUUCAUGAUAAUCGAAUAUUAGAAGAGACAACAAGCGAUGAAGAAGUAGAGAAAUACGUGGGCAGAAUUGAUGGAACUCGGCGAAGAUCUGAAUCAACGUCCCCAGUUCUCUUUAACUUUCGUCCAAACAAAGCAAACCCUUACGAGAAUGGAUUCGCCCCACCACCUCCGCAAGAAUCACAGUUUCAUUUUCCCGAUUUACCCACUCCACCAGUGUUUUCCUACAAGUCCAAUAACAAAUCUGUAGACUAUCGAAUCUCUGACUCCAGUGGCUUUUGUAGUUCAGAGAGCGCUUACCUGUCUGAAAGAAGCUAUGGAAAGAAAAAAUUUAGUAAGUCUCUGCAGUUAGUUUUUUUAGAUAUUCAAGUAAAGCACUUUACCGUAUUAACAGGAAUUGCCUCGAAAAAUCAAGUAUAACU